AUGGGGGAGAGGGGAGGUGGGCCACCGAGGGGCAGCGGGAAGGACGAGAAGGCGGAGAAAGUCGAGGGACGAGAGAGGCCACCGGUGGGCCCGAAGGUCCUCGACAAGGACGAGUCGAUGACAGUGCAGAAGCACGAGCUCUUCAAGGCCUGCCGGCAGCUGGACUACCACGGCGACGUGCGCUCGCUCUGGCACGCGCUGGACUUCGACGACAGCGGCGUGGCGACCCUGGACGAGCCGGGAACCCAGCUGCCACAGCCCGGGGGGCGGGCGGCCGAGGAAGGGCUCUCGAACUCUGCGGGGGGGUGA